AUGUCUGCCCCAGAAACCGCUACCAAAUUCGCACCCACUCAAUCCUCCUCUGUCCUCGGUGGACAAAUCGUCGGCCGUACUCCGCGCGAGGCUGCUCCCCCCGCGGCUGUGAAGCUGCGUCUUGACCUUAACCUCGAGGUUGAGAUUGCCAUCCAGGCAAAGGUCAAUGGUGACAUUACCUUGUCGCUCCUGCCAGCUCGUAUCCUUCUCCCUCCUGCCUCAUUCUACGUCCAGCUCAACGAAACCUCCGUUAUUACGUCCGUCUACUCUGAACGAACAUCAAAAUUGGUCUUAUUGUUGAGCGAUUUUGAAUUAGUGCGUUUUGUCCUCUCAGGACAGAUGCGUAAUACCUUGGUCGACUCUGGCAGGGAUGGGAGUUGUCAUGAAAAAGCCCAAAGCACUUCCCUACCUUUGACCGACGUCCCUCUUAGACAUUUCAACGCUCAUCAAGUCCGAGGACCUGGCACACGAGUCUAUGGAACUCCCUUUCUCAACGGUCUACCAGGGAAAGACCUCAUUCCGACAUCUCGCAGAGUUCACGAUGACGACGAUACCAUCCAUAUCCUCACAGUUGACAUCGAGAGGGCCAUCUCGUUCUGA